AUCUCUCCAUUAGCUACCCAACAAAUUCAACUCUCCCAAAUGGAGUUGCAGCAGCAGCACCAUAUCCUGCCCCUUGUUGCCCUCCUGAUUGCCACAUUCUUCUUCGUUGGCGCACCGUCUCUUGCACAGGAUGCCACGCCCAGCCUCCACCCGGUCGUUCUGGUGCCGGGCAACACCUGCGGCCAGCUUGACGCGCGGCUCACCGACGAGUACGAGCCUCCGACCCCUGCCUGCGGCAUACCCAAGCAGGGGCGCGGGUGGUUCCGGCUGUGGGAGAACUUCACGGCGCUGCAGGAGGACCCCUCCCUCCUGCCGUGCUACGCCGACCAGCUCCGGCUGGUGUACGACCCCGUCGCCGGCGACUACCGCAACUUGCCUGGCGUCAAGACUCGCGUCGUGGCCUUUGGCACCACCCGCAGCUUUCGCUUCGACGAUCCUGCCCGGAAGAACGUCUGCAUGGAAGGGCUCGUCGAUGCACUGGAAGGGGUCGGCUAUGUGGAGGGAGCCAACCUGUUCGGCGCCCCGUACGACUUUCGGUAUGCGCCGGCCGCUGCCGGCUUGUCGUCGGAGGUGUUCUCCGACUUCAGCUCAAGCCUGAAGCUCCUCGUCGAGCGCGCGAGCGAAAGGAACGGGAACAAGCCGGUCAUCCUCGUGACGCACAGCAUGGGCGGCCUGUUCACCAUGGUGUUCCUCGACCGGAGCCCGCUGGCAUGGCGCAGGAGGUACGUCAAGCACUUGGUCAUGCUCUGCCUCGGCGUCGGCGGCUCGCCGUUGAACAUGUGGCCCCUCGCCUUCGACACGCUCAGCCCUCCGUCGUUGCCGGGCACCGUGCUGACGUACGGGAACAGGAGCUUCGCCAGCAUGUUCUCCCUCCUGCCGUCCCCGAAGGUGUACGGCGACACGCCGCUGGUGAUCACCGGAGCCAAGAACUACUCGGCCGACAACAUGGUCGAGUACCUUGCGGCGGUUGGUCUCUCCGAGGAACAGGUGGCGCUCUACCGAACAAGGGCGCUGCCGCUGACACUGAACCUCAGGGCGCCGCUCGUGCCGAUGACGAGUAUCAAUGGCAUUGGUGUGCCGACGAUUGAUAGGUUGGUGUUCUUGGAUGGUAACUUCACUGCCAAGCCUGAACUGGUGAAUGGGGAUGGCGAUGGGCAGAUCAACUUGCAGACCGUGUUGGCAUUGGAAAGGUUGGUUGGGGGUGACCCGGAUCAGCCUUACUUCAAGUCGAUUUUGAUCCCCAACACAACGCACAAGGGUAUGAUCUCGGAUGAACUUGCGCUCAAGCGUGUGGUCAGCGAGAUUCUUGGAGCAAAUUGAGCCACCUCUUGACAUGGAAUAUUAAUCUAUAUCUAUAUCUAUACCUAUAUAUUAUUAAAGUGAGGAAGAAUUCUGUCCACUUUU